UGAGUGUGUGUGAGGGGGUGAGGGGGUGAGGCGGGCGCUAGGGCGCCGCGGGUUCCUCUGGGUGUCGGGGAGCGCGAGCCGCGGGUUUAAACGAGCGGCAGCCGGAGCUCGAGCUGAUUCGGUUGAGAGCGGCUCCAGGAUGAGAGGCUAAUUGGCUACUCAUCUCAUUGUUAAUGGCAUGUUGAGGCCAUCGAUGAGCUAUCAGGAUUUCUACUAAAACGCAUCAUCACUGGGAUCCUGAUCUUAGUACGUGAACUGUGUGUGAACAGUGUGACUGGAAGAAGACUUGUCUACUGAUUGGGAGCCAACAGACUAAGCAGCAACAGUUGUAGGUACCUUAACAUGGGGAACCUUCUUAAAGUUUUGACUUGCACAGAUCUUGAGCAGGGGCCAAAUUUUUUCCUUGACUUUGAAAAUGCACAACCUACUGAAGCUGAAAGAGAAGUAUUUAAUCAAGUGAAUGUUGUGCUAAAGGAUGCAGAAGGAAUUCUAGAUGAUCUACAGUCAUACAGAGGGGCAGGACAUGAAAUCAGAGAGGCAAUACAACACCCAAAUGAUGAGAACUUGCAAGAAAAAGCAUGGAGUGCAGUGUGUCCAUUAGUAGGAAAACUAAAAAAAUUCUACGAAUUCUCCCAAAGAUUAGAAGCCGCUUUGCACGGGCUCUUGGGAGCACUGACCAGCACUCCACACAGUCCUACACAGCAUCUUGAACGAGAGCAGGCUCUUGCCAAACAGUUUGCUGAGAUCCUUCAUUUCACUCUACGAUUUGAUGAACUAAAGAUGACAAAUCCUGCCAUACAGAAUGACUUCAGUUACUACAGGAGAACUUUAAGUCGCAUGAGGAUCAACAACGUUCCUGCAGAAGGAGAAAAUGAAGUAAAUAAUGAGCUGGCCAAUAGAAUGUCUCUGUUUUAUGCUGAAGCAACGCCAAUGCUGAAAACCUUGAGUGAUGCCACAACAAAAUUUGUUUCAGAUAACAAGUCUCUACCAAUAGAAAAUACCACUGACUGCUUAAGCACUAUGGCAAGUGUAUGCAGAGUCAUGCUGGAGACACCGGAAUACAGGAGCAGAUUUGCAAGUGAAGAAACGGUAUCAUUUUGUCUGAGGGUGAUGGUGGGUGUCAUCAUUCUUUACGAUCAUGUGCAUCCUGUUGGGGCAUUCGCAAAGACAUCCAAAAUCGAUAUGAAAGGUUGCAUAAAAGUCCUAAAGGAUCAGCCUCCAAAUAGUGUAGAAGGCCUUCUGAAUGCUCUCAGGUACACCACCAAGCAUUUGAAUGAUGAGACUACCUCCAAGCAAAUAAAGACCAUGUUGCAAUAAAGCUUAGCAACGUAAUCGGCUGCAGAGGACAGUAUUCUGCAAUGUUUGAGAUGCACAGAUAUGUUUUUAAUGUUUAAAGAAUGCAGAAUGCAACUGCUUUAUUUGUUUUUUUUAAAUCGUGUUCCUGCUCUUAAAAAUAGCUAAACUUAUUUUCUGUGCCAAACUCUUAAAACUUGAUACAUCAAUGUGCAAAAGUGUUUACUUCAUUUUCUGUUUGAAUGAAUGAAUGAAUGAAUGAAUUAAUGAAUGAAUGAAUGAAUGAAUAUACGAAUGAACAAAUGGAUGAAUGAAUGACUGGCCAUGGAACACAUUGGCAGCUACUGUUCACAAGUUAAGUUUCUCUAUAUAUGUAAAGAGAUUCAGUAACUUGGCCUAAAAGACAAAGAAAAUCUGUUUUGUUUCUAUUGACUAAUAUUUAAUACCGCUUCUUCUGCAUGACAAAACAGCUUUCUCAUGCCCUGUUAAAAGUUUAAAAAGUCAUUUUCUAUCGCAGCGUUAUCAUGUGCAGCCAUUAAAAGUGAGAAUGAACAGAUGUUAUGUUAAAUUAACUAUAUGUUUUAUUGUACAAAAAGGUACUGAGCACACCGGACUACAAAUUAUAAUACCAGUCUGUUUUGUUAAUACUUCGGUUUGCAUUGACUCGUUUUGUACGAAUGUAUGUAAGUUUAACAUUCAUUAAACUAACGUUAAACUGUGAUGUGUGCGUAACUCAUGCGUAUGCAUGUACAUGUAAAUGAACAGUUGUUGAUCAAAUAAAAUCAGCUUUUGUUUUUCUAAAA